AUGGACGGUUGCCAAUUCUCUCUGCUCCUGUUGCUGAUCGUCAACGUCGAUCUUCUGCAAGGACAAGUGGUGGAAAACUGCGCAAACGUCUACUCAGUCAAUGGAAACAACGUCACGAAGCCAGCGUGCAAGCAUGGCGAGGUGUGUAUUGAACUGGACGUGAAGAACUUCACCGUUUACGUGGAGGACUAUAGUGUAAGUCGAAUGGGGAUGGGGAGCCUAACCGGCAUGCAAAGCACGUCUAAUACUGUGCAUCUUCGGGCAGACGCAUCUGUCGCUGUCGGUUUGCGGAAGUUUUUUUUCCGUUUUUCCAAGUCGCUGCUCUUAGUUUAUCGACCCUAUUUUCAGGACUAUUUCGGCUCUUUCGAUUACAUGAGCCUUGUAUCGCGUGAGUUGUGUGUUGCACGUCAGUUUAUCUACAAAUUCAUUUUUAGGAUACGAAGGUGGAAAAUUCUACCAUUACAAUAAUGUGACUCGGAAGCUGGGGACACGCCCGUAAGAGUUUGUCCACUUCUUUGUUUAGAUCUUGCCGUUGAGCUACAUGAAAGUAAGCAAUUUUAGGAACAUACCACCUAUCAAUUGGUUUUCACGCCAUCAAAUCCCGUCCGACCAUGAUCCGCAGUUCUACGCACAACUGUUCUCGCAGAGCGUCGAGAUUGUCACAAUGGGACUGUAAGUCUGAAAAAAAAGUGCUUGACGACCCGCGUUGCUGGGCCCAACCUAGACAUGGCUAGUGGGCCGAGCCGGCCCAGCCCCCCGGGGGGCCGGGCCGAACGAGUUUUAAAGGCCCCGGGGCCGGGCCGACCGGGGGCCCCCGCCAGGCCCCCAAUCGGCCCCCAAUGUCUAAAAUUCCCCUUCUCAAAGCGAAAAUUAGGGUUGCCAAUAAAAAUGAAACGCAGAGCCAAGAACCGAUUGGGUUUUUUGAAGUACUUUAGGCAAUGGUUGGUAAUUUUUUGUUUCAAAAAAUUUUUUGUGGAUUGUUAGGACGGACGGUAACUGGGGGUUUAGGCUAAAACGCCGGGGGCCAUUUUACUCUAAUUUGAACUUUUUGUAUUAUUCUAAUUUUUUCAUUAUGGGGAUGUGAAAUGGACAAAAUAGUGGAGGUUUGAAAUACCUUUCGUGGGGGGGGGGCUGAACUACCAAAGCCCCAAAAAAUGUGUUAUAUCUCGUAACGAAUGCAGUAUUUAUAUUUACAGUUCGGCCCCCGGUCGGCCUCCGGCCCGGCCGAGAAAAUUUGAAGGGGGCCGGGCCGCCCACUUCCGGCGGCCGGGCCGCGAUUUUCGGCCCGGCCCGGCCCCCCAGCCAUGUCGAGUCCAACCCAGAUCAUUACUGAUAUCCAUAAUUUUUCAGCAAACCAAUCGACAAACAAAGGCAUAAAGACGUUUUUCGCCUCCAAACGAUGCUAGAUUCCGCGUUGUCCGUUGACCAAGUGCAGCGCUCCUUUGUCUACAAGGAGUACCUGUUCCUCAGUGCGGAGAAAGCCAUCGACUUUCGAAUUCUCUACGAGAAGAGGGGACCCUAUUUCAACGAUAUAAACAGACCAGGACGACUUACGGAGCACAAUGUUGGUCUGAUCGACGUCUCGGCCAUCCCCAACGAACACAUCGACAGGGAUUUCCUGGCUCUGAUUAAGACGCAAUGUUUUGUAGGUUUGGGAAAAGCUAUAUCAGUAACUAGAUGGGGCAAAAAGUCUUGACAUGUUGGCACGGUGCGCCGAUUCGUGCAGAACUUGUCGCACCGCGAGAGUAAAGUUCACGGCGGACGCCGCGGCGCGCCGACCACGCACAGUGCAAAAUGAACUGUUUUGAAAGAUAUCGAGGGGCUUCGGUAGUUGAGCCCCCACGAAAGGUAGUUCAAACCCGCACUGUUUUGCCCGUUUCACACCCCACAUAAUGAACAAAUUAGAAUAAUACAAAAAAUGUAAGUGGGGGUUUGAUCUACUACGUUGGGGGUUUGAUCUAAAACGUAGGGGGCUUCAUCUAAAACUUAGGGGGCUUGUGCUGGACCAUACAACUUGGAUUAAUUCUUUGAAACAAAUUUUGGGGUUUAGAAUGGACGAGGGAGUUUGUACUGGGUCAUGGGGGGCUAAACUGGACUGGGGGGUUGUACUACCUUAGCCCCGAUAUCGAUACUCUGUGCGUCGUUUCCACUGUGCAUGUUCUUUAGUAAACCCGCGAGGACAUUUCCGAUGCACGGUACGAACCCAAGAAAGGGACUUUGUGCGGGUAUUGCCAUUGGAAUUCCAUCGAUUGCGACCCAAAAUGGGGUAAACUGACAAUCCAGUGGUGGAUUUUUUGAAUUUUUUCGGAAAGAGCUUGGUUUAGGGGCCUUCGAGACUACCCAUCAUUAGAGCCAGCUUUCAUUCUGGUGGAGAUCGGACAUUGGUCCCAAUAUGUAUAGCCAAUGUAGCAGAAUUGUUUGACCAGCCAAAUCACAACUACUAUAAGCCAUUCUGACACUUUGGCUGGCCGAUCCAGGAUUUUGGAUUGGAAUUUCAAAAAAUCAUUGCCCCAUUUUGGUAGCAAUCGUAGGAUUUCUUUCCACUGUGCGGACAGCCGUCACAACAGGGUUUCGUGUGGUUUUCCUACCGAAAAAUGUUUUUCUCGAAGUUCUUUAUUUUCUUUCUUUUGUCAAUUGUGACACUUCGUUUGGACGAAACUCAAAAGUGGGCGGGACAUAUUUUUGUUCUAUUUUUUUUCGGGUUGCCGUGUGCCGCGGCGAUGAAAGGCGGAAUAAAGUCUACGCACUUUAUAAAAAUACUUGUCACAGCACCCUGCCUAUAUUUUCGUAUUUUAGAAACCUGGCAAGUACUGUUCGUUGGAUAUCAAGACGGAAUCCUUGGAUCUGCAAGAUUACCCAGUGGCCUUCACCUACGACGACCUGGUUCUGGAGUCCUUUUGGUUCCAGUAAGUCCACCUGCUCCGUUUUUUAUGCCUACGUUUAGAAGACACUGCGAAAUGCUUCCGAUGUACCGUAUUAGGCACAAGAAGACUGCUCCGAAGUAAGUGGAAUUUUGAGUUGGCUAAGUUGGAAUUUUUAGCGUGAUUUUCGAUUUCCCCAAUGUUGAGAGCAUCGUAACGCAUGGACAAAGGCUUUGGUGGGAUAAAGAAGUAUGGUAAGUGUUUGAGAUUAAUAGAGGAAGUGCUGAUAUGUGAAUAGCCCUUGUAAGCUUUUACUUUGUUAGGUCUGGCAGAGAUAGGUAUUAUUACACCAUACGUGGUAUCCUGCCUAUUGUCCAGCCGCACGACCCCUUUUACGACUUCGUCAAACAGUUCACAACUCCCGCCCCAACGACCACAACCCGCCCGCCACCAACCACCACCACUCUGAAGCCCGUCCCCGCCGGUCCCGCCCCAAAAUUCCCUGAAAUCGAGGAGGACACGGAGGAAUUAGAGAACCGCCACGUGAUUGAUCCCUUUCCCUCGAAUGUAGCGGCGACUUCGGGCCUUCCCAUCAUCUAUUAUAUGCUUGCUUACAUCGCUUUUCACUUUAAAAGUUAUAAUUUGUAA